UAUAAAAUUAACUAUCUCCGGUAGUAUCUGGAUGACUGUGACGAUGACGUUGGUCAGCUUGGAGAACGCGUGAAUGGCUUUUAUUCUCGUGGUAUUGGAGCGGUGAUUGUUUCGAACGAGCGCCUUGUGAUCCUUGCAUUCGCGCGCUUAUUGUUUUUCAUCGAAAAAUACGUAUGUACGUGCGGGAAACGGCCUCUUCCAAAUCCAGAAUCAGCAUGAGUGCGAUUUCGUGGCUCCUUCUGCUCGUCGGCGUCCUGGAAUCCUUCGCUACAGAAUGGAAUACCAAGGACUACAUGAAGCGAGAACAUUCUCUGAUUAGGCCAUAUCAAGGCACAGGUAUGACAAUACCUUACUGGGAUUUCAUGGGGAGUACAAUGGUAACUAAUAAUUAUAUCAGAUUAACAUCUGAUUUACAAAGUAAACAAGGUGCCUUAUGGAAUUCUGUGCCAUGUCAUGUACGAAAUUGGGAACUGCAAGUUCAAUUCAAAGUACACGGAAAGGGAAAAGACUUGUUUGGAGAUGGUUUUGCCAUAUGGUAUGCUAAAGAAAGAAUGAAAUCAGGUCCAGUAUUUGGAAGUCAAGAUUAUUUCCAAGGAUUAGCAGUGAUACUUGAUACAUACAGCAAUCAUAAUGGCCAACAUAAUCAUCAACAUCCUUACAUCUCAGCAAUGGUCAACAAUGGAUCUCUGCAUUAUGAUCAUGACCGCGAUGGCACUCAUACACAACUUGCAGGAUGUGAAGCAAAAUUUAGAAAUUUAGAACAUGAUACACAUAUAGCUAUAAGAUAUGAAAGGGACACCUUAACUGUUUCCACAGACUUUGCCAAUAAAGCAGCAUGGAAACAAUGUUUUCAAGUGAAUGAAGUUAAGCUUCCAACAGGAUAUUAUAUUGGAAUUUCCGCUACUACAGGUGAUCUGUCUGACAAUCAUGAUAUAUUAUCAAUUCGUUUGUUUGAAUUAGAUUUACCAGAUGACCCUAAAGAUCAAGAAGACAGAUCUCAGAUCGUGCCAUCAGCAGCGUUCUAUGACGCACCAAGAGAACGUAUUGAAGAUCCAAAGCAAUCUAGCAUGAGUGGUAUAAAGCUUUUCCUAGUGAUGUUACUUGGUGCACUUGCGUUAAUAGCUUGUGUUGUCAUUGCUAUUAUGAUAUAUCAGAAACAUCAGGAAAAAAAUAGAAAACGAUUUUACUAAGUCAGUUCUUAGAUAGUGUAUGUGUGUAUAUGUGCUCUUGAGCGUUGCAGCUUAUUGGUUUCUCCUUUAUCCAAGGUCUUUCAUAUGUAAGUGAGAUGUUCGUAAGAUCCCUAUCCUUAUCUGAUUCUUUUGUUCAAAAAUUGAUAUAAAUUUUUUCUUUUUCUUUUAUCUUUAAAAAAUAUAGGAUAAAGGAGAGAUGUUCGUAUGUAUAUGCGUGUGUGUGUAUGAGCGUAUAGAAAUAUUCUAUAAUUCCAAUAUUUGAAUAAUAUUGCCCUAACGAGCGAUUAAUUAUUGAUGUUGUUGAUUGGGUUCAGCGUACAUUUGCUUGAUUUUAUUAGUCAGUAAAAAUAUGUAUUUAUUACAGUUCCUUUACCAAAGUUAUUGCUUCUUGAAAUGCCACACAAGGAAUUUAACGAAAUAAAUUUUUAUAUAAUUGACUUCUCUACAAAAUACAUAGCAUGGAAAGAUAUAAUGAAUGUAUUAUUACAUGUACAUUAUUAACUGUAUUUUUAGAAAGAUUUUGGAAAAACUUGUAUAUUACAUAUAUUAAUUUCAAGCCAACACACACACACACAUACACGCACACAUACACACACACACACACACACACACACACACAAGAUUUUUUAUUAUAAUAUACAUUUUUUCCAAAACCUUUAUCUAGAUUAGGUGGAAAUUAAUUCUAAAGUCCAGUGAUUUUAAAUGUUUAAGAAAGUACACAUCACAAACAAAAGGGAUACUUGCUUAAGGUAAUAAAAUAUAAAAAUCCUGUUUUUUAUUUAUCAGUUUUCUUUUUUUUGCACAUUAAGUAAUUAUUUUCGUAUGCAGAUUAGAUACAAUGAUAAAGACUUUAUUAAUAUAGAUUUUAUAUUUGUAUAUAAAAAAAUUAAACGUAUUUGAAGCUUACAUAUUGCAAAAAGAGUUUGUGAUUGCAGAUUAUAAAUGCAAUUCUAAACUAUACGAAUUGUGCAAUGUUAGAGUGACAUCUAAAAUCGUACAAAAGCAUAUGUAAUAUGAAGGGUUCUAUUAUGUAUUUCGAUGCAAAAUAAUUGCAUAUAGUAUAAAACUCCAUAGUAUUAUGUAAUCCUUUUAUAUGGAAAUUAAGAAAAGGGAACCAAACUGUUUAAUAAAAACAUUGUCUUGUUAUUAACAUGAUGUUAUCAUUCAAAACAAUAAUGUAUUAUGAUCUGUUGCCAAAUACGAAAUAAAUAUAAUUCUAAGAAAAA